AUGUUGAUCUUGAACUCUCUUUCUAAAGAAAUCUCUGCUAGAAUUUUGUUUGCUGAGAAUGCACGAGAAAUUUGGUUGGAUCUUAAAGAAAAUCGACCACAAAUUUUUCAGCUUAGGGGCGAUUUAUCAGAUUUGGUUCAAGAUCAAUUAUCUAUCAGUGCUUAUUUCACCCAAUUGAAAACACUUUGGACCGAAUUGGCUUCUUACUACUCUUCUUGCACCUGCAGCAAAUGUUCAUGUGGUGGUGUUAAAGCUAUAGGUGAAUACUUUCAAAUGGAGUAUGUCAUGUGUUUUUUGAUGGGUCUUAAUGAUUCAUUUAGUCAGAUUCGAGCUCAGUUGCUACUCAUGGAGCCAGCUCCUUCAAUUAAUUGGGCUUUUGCUCUUAUUGCCCAAGAAGUUCAACAGUGUGCGAUUUCGUCUCCUUCAUUAGCUAAUGCCACAGCAUUUCUGGCGCGAGCUUCUUCUCCUGCUCAUGGUCCACACUCCUCUUCUUCGUCAUCCCAGUACAAGAAGAAGGAGAAGACUGUUUGUACUCACUGCGGCAUUGUGGGACAUAUGGUUGAUCGAUGUUAUAAGCUUCAUGGAUAUCCUCAGGAUAUCGUUCCUCGGUCGUUCGUAAUUCUUCAGUGA